CAUCAAAUGCAAAAUAACACAUAACAAGAAUUAGAUACUUUGCGUCAAAGCACCAAAAUCUAAGAAUUCUUUUCCUUUCCACAAGGAAUUCGCAUUUAGAAUUCCCUCUUAUUGCUCCCAAAAUCCCCAAAUAAAUAAAAAAAAAAUCUCUUAUUAUUAAUAUAUGCAGAACAAAAUUAAUAAGCACCCGAUAAAUAAUCGCUCUCAGCCUCCCCUUAAGUGCAGUGUAAGCCAACAAACGCAUCAUCCCCAAAUUCUCUCUCUCUCUCUCUCUCUGUUUUCUCUUGAAGAAACUUCACCAUCAAUGGCGUAAAGCAACACCAAUACCCUUGCGUGCCGGAAACCAUUGAUAGCAAAUAAACGAACCUAUAUUGAUUUUCGUGAUAAACAACAUUACCCUUUUGUGGGUUGCUGGUAAUAGUGCUGUAGUAGGUAGUGCAGUGGCCAGAAGUUGAGAAGAAGAGGAGGAGGAGGAGAUUUUUCAGGGUUGGGGUUUUUGGGUAUUCAUUUUAGUUUCUGGGUUUAUGUUUAUGAGGAGUGAAGAUAGAGAGACUAGUCAACCUGGGAAAGGCAGGUGCUUAUUUGCUGGACGGGAGGAUAUUCGAUUGUAUCCAUGAAAUCACUUCGGCUCUCGCUUUCGCUAGGAUGAGCGAUUCCGCUUAUAAAGUUGAAACUACUUCGCGUCUUGCUCAAUGGAGAAUAGACAAUCUUGCUUCCUGUACCUACCGGAAAUCCGAUCCUUUCAAGAUCGGCAAGUGGAAUUGGCAUUUGUCAGUGGAGAAGAACAGGGUAUUAUAUGUUAAAUUGUAUCCAGAGAUAUCAAACCUUACCAGAGACAAUCCCCCAAUUGCAUCAUUCAUUAUUCGAGUUGUUUGUUCUGUGGGUGAUCGCAAGGCCUUGACUCAUCCAGAGGUAACAGACAGGCAGCUGAAGAACAACGACGAUUUUGUUUGGCAAAUUGAAGUUCCAUUAACUGGGAAAUUCAUAAUUGAAGUGGAAUUUCUUGAUUUGAAGAUUGCAUCUCCAGACGGAGGAGAACCUUGUUCCAUCUGGGCUGAAGGAUCUGCAAAAGGGCAAUCAAAUGCAACAGCUCUUGCAACCCUUGGUCGAAUGUUGACAGAAAGCAUCCAUACAGACAUUACAAUUAAUGCUUCUGAUGGAAGCAUUGGAGCCCAUCGAGCCGUCCUUGCCGCAAGAUCACCUGUUUUCCGAAGCAUGUUUGCUCAUGACUUGAAAGAGAAGGAGUUGUCUACCAUAAACAUCUCUGAUAUGUCGAUUGAAGCUUGCCAGGCUUUUCUCAAUUACAUUUAUGGAAGCAUUCAACAUGAAGAAUUCCAGGUCCACCGUCUGGCACUUCUUCGAGCAGCUGAUAAAUAUGAUAUUGCUGACUUGAAAGAGGCAUGCCAUGACAGUCUAUUGGAGGAUAUAGAUACGAAGAAUGUACUGGAGAGGCUGCAAAGUGCAUCCCUGUAUCAGUUACCAAAACUGAAGAUGAACUGCUUGCAAUAUCUUGUGAAGUUUGGUAAGAUAUUUGAUAUUCGAGAUGAUUUCAAUGUCUUCAUGCAAUGUGCAGAUAGGGAUCUGAUAGCUGAAGUUUUCAAUGAAGUUCUUUGUGCCUGGAAAGGAUUCUAAAACUCUGUCAAUGUCCUAUGAAAGAAAUUGUGUUUAAGUUGGUCGUUUUUUAACACUUCCACAAAGUGGGUGCUUAGAAGUGAUUUGCGUGCAUAAUUUGUUGCCAUCAAGUUAAUUCUUUGAUUUGAAGGAAUUUGUUUUCUUCACGUACAUAAAUAUUGUAUUUCAUGACAUAGAAAUACCACCUUUGUUAAAGAUGAUCCUGUAUUCAUGAAUGCUUGAUUGCAUGAAAUGUAAAUGAUUUGUUAUUUGAA